GACAUAAAUUGUAUCCCUUCUAGCAACGACCCGCUUCCAAGGAGGAAGAGGAAAAUAUUUGGCGCUUCACAUUCAAGAACUUUGAUAAACCUUACAACGUCACCCCCAGUUCCUAAGUAUAGACGUGACUGCAGCUUGGACCGCACGAUGAGAAGACACGUUUCAGUAAAAAAUGGUGAAGAAGGCGGAUGUGGAGGUUCUGGGCUGGUGUUGUCUGCAGUUGUGAGGCCAGCUGGAGUUCCCCCUCUUCCUCUCCCCGCUCUGCGCCUCAUGGUACCACCACUGCGCCUGGUCUCAGCAGCCAUCUGGCAAACGAUCCAGCAGAGUCACGUGAUGGAUUAUGGGAUGCUGGAGGAGUUUGUUACCAUGGUCACAGAUGUGGUUCCAGAGCUUCUGAAUGACAGUCAGAGGGCCCAACUUAUUCUGGGUCUUCGAGCACGGCUGGUCCUGGAGUUGUGUCGCUCGAAGCCAUUCACAGACCUCCAGACCAUUCAGCCACACCUGGACAGGAUAAAGACCCUUACACCUCUCUGGGGGACACAGGCUGAUGCAGAGGUGGGAUUAUCUGAAUCCAGCUUCCUGGGGCUGGUUCAAACCCUUCUGAAAGACCCAGAUGAGAGGGAACAUUUCUUCCAGGAUGUUUUUCCUGUAGAAUUUGGUUCCAGUUAUGAUGCAGCCAUACAGAAACUCAUGUGGCAAUUCCUUUCGAGACUGGAGAAGCUACUUCCUGUGUCAAACUUCCAACAGGCUGCCUUGCUGCUCAGCGACUCCCCCUCUCUUCUUGAGGAAUGUGUUCAGUCAGUGUCUCACCCUCAGCAGCUGAAAACCCUGCUUCAGUACCACAGAGACCUUGGCCAGCUGGACAACCAUGAUACUCUGUCUUCUUCCGAUGGGGACUGCAUUCUCUCAGCUCUCUGUCUCCCUCCAGUAGAAAGGGUGGUGAUUGCAACUGAACAGACAGAUUCAGAAACACACGUAUCAUCCUUGAACGUCUUUAUGGAUACAUUCACCAAAGAGUUGGAGGUGGACUCUGCAACACUGGCAAAGUACACAGAGAUGGAACCCGGGACAAAUAUGGAUGUAAUAGCGGAGGAUAGGGUGGAAUGUAAGAGAAAGGAAAAAGCAUCCUCAGUUAUUAAUGACGAGGAAGAGGAUAAUUCAGAGUUUGCAGAGACUGAAGAGGUGGAACCAGCGUAUGAAACAGUGUUGGUUUUAGGGGAAGAUGGGAAGAUGGCACCUUUAGUCAAAACCAAUAAAUUCAAAGGGCUCAAAAGAGACAGAAAUGACACCAGUGGCAUGCCUGAUGGAAAAAAACACCGAACACCUAGCCCUCCACAAAUGAAAAGCAUAGACUUGUCUGAUACGAUCAUAUCGUCCAUGCUUCACAAGCCCUCAGUGGAGCUACAAAGGAUUGACACUGCUAACCUGACAUUGCCCUUAGAACCAGUGAGAAGAAACAGGGGUCGUAAGAUGAAGACAUUGCUAGCACGAGAAUUGAAGCAAACCAAAACUGAAUUUUCAGAACAGAAAAAACGUGUCUGCAAGAGAGUUAAAACACCCCAAAACCCCAAUAUGUGCACAGUGUGUGGACGUGUCUUAUCCCGCUUUUCAGACAUGAAAAAGCACAUGCAAACCCAUAAGAACGGUCGCACCUAUCAGUGUCGCAAUUGUCAGAAGACUUUCAAGCACUUGUACACUUUGCAAACUCACAGAAAGUCAUGUCUGUUUGGAACUGGGCAACAAGAGGAGAUUCCCUCUGUAGAGGGCAGUAGUGUUCCGUUUACUAUGUGUGAGGCAGAAUUCGCACAAUCCUCAAUAGACCGUAGAACAUGCAAGGUGUGCGGCAAGAUUGUGCAUCGCAUUGGAUACUUGAGUACCCACAUGAAGAUUCACUCUGCGAAUCGUCACUAUUCACUCGGAGAAGCGAAAGCAGUCCAGAAAGCAUCACCUGAGGGAGAAGACACCGAGCCGUCCAGUGGUGUUACUAUUGAGGCAACACCUGAGGACAGUGACUCAUCCUCCACCAGUACUCCCCAGGACCCAUCUUACGACCCAGAACUCAGCCAGAUCAAAAGACCAAAGUGCUCCAGCACAGCAAAGAAGUCAAACCGAAAAACCUUCCAAAAACCAAAACAUAUGUGCCGUAUUUGUGGUAAAUACGUGACUGCUGGAGCCUUUGAGUAUCACAUGAGAACUCACUCAGGCGAGCGCCCUUUCUCCUGCCCUCAUCCUCAGUGUGGGAUGAAGUUCAUACACAGCGGAGGUUUGCGGGUCCAUCUCAGACGCUAUUGCAAGGUUCGGACAGUUGACGCUGCUGAGCUCGACAGCUUCAACAUACGUUUUGAAUGUGACAAAUGUGAGAAGACAUUCACGAUCCAAUCAAAACUGAGGAAACACAAACUUAUCCACGGCCCGCUCUACUGCACAGGGUGCAGGAAGGUAUUGCCUGACUUAGAAACUUUAACCAGACACAAGCUUUGGCACAGGCCCGUUCAGUGCAGCAUGUGUGAGGAGAGCUUCAUGCUCACAAACCUCAGAACACACUAUCUGGAUGUCCAUAAGUUCAGCGGACCGUUCGUCUGCACCCACUGUCCGAAAAGCUACAAGAAGUUCCAUUCCCUCAUCAAACACGAGAUGGUUCACACCGGGAACCUCCCCUUACAGUGCUCCCAGUGUCCAAAGAGAUUCAUCUACAAUUACGACCUAGUUGAACACGAGAAAAGGCACUCUGACGACAGGCCUUGUCUCUGCUGGGAGUGUGGCAAGGCCUUCUGUACCAACAUUGACCUGAAACAACACAUGCAGAAUAGCCACGGUGAAAAAUCCACAGAGUGUCGUUUCCCAUGUCGCCAUUGUGGGAAACCCUUCAGGCUUAGUAAUUCCCGUGCGAACCAUGAGAAGACUAAGCAUGGUGGGGUGCGCUACCCGUGUACGUACUGUGGCAAGCAGUUUGUUUGUGCAAAUGCAUUGAAAAGGCAUGAUCUGAUUCACACGGGGGAGAGACCUUUUAAAUGCAACCAUAAGAGUUGUGAUAAGGCUUUCAGGUCGAGAGCUGAACUGAGGAUACACACGAGAUACCAUACUGGAGAGCGGCCGUUCAAGUGCAACGUCUGUGGAAAGGGCUUUGUUCAAGCCAAUUAUCUCACUACGCACUACCGGACUCAUACAGGGGAAAAGCCGUAUUCAUGUUCCGUCUGUGACAAAAGCUUUAACUACCAUGACUCCCUGAAGAGACACAUGUCUACACACUCAAACGAGAAGCCUUAUAAAUGCUUGGACUGUGGAAAAGCUUUCGAACGUAAAACUCUGUUGAAUGUACAUAAACGAUCAUGUACAUCAUUAUUGAAAUGUUAAUCCCUCCUUCCCCCCCAAUUGUGUUUUAAUGUAACAAGAUGUACAUUUGAUAAGAUUGUGGCCUGAGUGCAUUUCCCACUUUAUUUUUGUAAUUUUUUGUUGUGGCCAGUCAAUGUUUCCCCUUUUCAAAUAACUACAGUUAUGCGAGAAAAGUAUAAGUGAAACUAAAUAAAAGUAGAAUAAAAUACUUGGUUAUGGUUUUGUGUAUGUAUUACACUGUUCUUUCAGUUCCUCUCCUUGUCUCAACCUGGUUAGCCAUUUCACAUUGGCUACUGUUGCCGAAAGGCUGGCAAAUGGCGAUAUUGAG